AUGUCUCAACCAAAAUCCUGCUGCAGCUGUUGUUGCUGUCAGCCUAGUUCCGGCCCAGUUUUUCAGUCUAAACCCUGUUGCUGUUGUGGAUGUUGCCAACCACGAUGUUGCUGCUGUUGUAACUGUCAGCCAAAACAAUUUUCCUGUUUCAGCAGUCGCCCUUGCCCCAUGAACCAGCAACCGUGCGUUAUCAAAUUUCAGCCAAACUGCUGUGGUGGAAUAAUGCGACCAAAUUGUUGUAACGGACUUGUGCAACCAAACUGUUGCUGUUGCAACGGUAUGGUAGGUAGCGUACUACAACCAAACUUCUGCAACGGAGUUCAAAAUGCUAAUGUUCAGCAGAAUUGUUGCGGCGGGAUCAUGGGUGGAAUUGUACAACCAAGCUGCUGCUCUGGAAUGAUCCAAACAGCUAUGCCAUCAGGCAUGCCGUCGGGAGUAUGUUGCACAACCUGCUGCACUCCACAAGCUUCCUCCAUUAUUGGGCCACAGCCACUUUCCAGUUUUUGCACUGGCAAUCAACCAUGCCCCUGCUGCGGCGCCUGUAUGAAUCAAAUUCCGAUGAACAACAACAAUGGAGUCGUCAUACCAAUAAAUCUUCCUCCGAGUUCUCAGCCAAUUCACUGUCAGCCGCCAGUAACCUGUUGUUAA